AUGGCGCAGCCCCAGACCAUCUUCCCCCAGACCCAUGUUGGUUUCGACAGCAUCACGUCCCAGAUUGAGAAGAAGCUCCUGAAGAGAGGCUUCCAGUUCAAUGUUAUCUGUGUCGGCCAGACGGGGUUGGGCAAGUCCACCCUGAUCAACACCAUCUUUGCCUCCCACCUUAUCGACUCCAAGGGCCGCUUGCUCCCUGACGAGGCCGUCCGCUCGACUACUGAGAUUCAGGCCGUCUCCCACAUGAUUGAGGAGAAUGGUGUCCGUCUGCGCCUCAACAUUGUCGACACCCCUGGAUACGGCGACCUGGUGAACAACGACCGCUGCUGGGAUCCCAUCGUCAAGUACAUCAAGGACCAACACUCCGCUUACUUGCGAAAGGAGCUCACUGCUCAGCGUGAGCGCUACAUUCAAGACACCCGCAUCCACUGCUGCCUCUUCUUCAUCCAACCCUCAGGCCACUCCCUCAAACCUAUUGAUAUUGUCGUCUUGAAGAAGCUGUCUGAUGUCGUCAACGUCGUUCCCGUCAUUGCAAAGUCUGACACCUUAACCCUCGAGGAGCGUCUGCAGUUCAAGGAGCGUAUCAAGGAGGAGUUUGCCUUCCACAACCUCAAGAUGUACCCGUACGACAACGAUGAGUUUGACGACGAGGAGCGUAACCUGAACACUCAGAUUAAGGAUUUGGUCCCUUUCGCCGUGGUCGGCUCUGAGAAGUCCAUCAUUGUCAAUGGAAAGCAGGUCCGUGGUCGUCAGAACCGCUGGGGUGUCAUCAACGUCGAGGAUGAGAACCAUUGCGAAUUCAUGUACCUGAGGAACUUCCUUCUCCGUACCCACCUCCAGGACCUCAUCGAGACCACGUCGCAGAUCCACUAUGAGACUUUCCGUGCCAAACAGCUCUUGGCGCUCAAGGAGAGCAGCGCACACGGUGGUGGUAGCAGACCCAUCAGUCCUGCUGCUGACCGUGAGCUCAGCCGGAGCUCGCAACGAAUGACCAUGAACGGAUACUAA